AUACUUUGGCCACCUCAUGAGAAGAGAAGAAUCCUUGGAAAAGACCCUGAUGUUGGGAAAGAUUGAGGGCACUAGGAGAAGGGGACGACAGAGGACGAGAUGGUUGGACAGUGUUCUCGAAGCUACGAACAUGAGUUUGACCAAACUGCGGGAGGCAGUGCAAGACAGGAGUGCCUGGCGUGCUAUGGUCCAUGAGGUCACGAAGAGUCGGACACGACUAAACGACUAAACAACAACAACACAACUGCAGCAUCCAAACACGGUGCUAAAUUCAGAGGAAGUUUCCACUUGUUUCAAAUGCCAGGCAAAAUCCCAGAAACUGGGUUUUCUCCUAAAAGAGAUAUUGCUGGUGCCACCCAUUCUCCUGAAUCACCACCCUCCAUUUGGUUACAUAUUUAAUUUUUUGGAAAUUAUAUACCACACAGUUAGCCAUGUCCUCUAGGCAGUUGACACAUUCAAACUAAAUAAAAUGUAAAUACUUUAUUUAUUAUAUUUGAUAGUAUCUCCCCCAAGGCAUUAGGUGGUGUAGAGGUUUUUAAUUCACCUACCUGAGAUCUUUCAGCUAGAGAUAACAGGUAGAGAAUGAGGCCUAGAUGGAAAGGAUGUGCAUUAGCACAGAGCAGAGUGUGGUCCAAAGGCAUGUGAGCCCACCACUUUGCUGAAGCUAAGGAAGUCUGGAUGUUGUUAGUGCCUGGAUGGGUGACUGCCUGGGGAUUGCAUUUGCAUCACCUUGGAUUCCAUGACAAAUGGAAAUCAAGAUAUCAGAGUAGCAAAUAAAUAGGGGCCCUAGCUCAAGAUCGUCAGUGUAAUGCUUUCUUUGCAAGUGGUGCUCUUCUGGUUAACAAAAACCAUGUUCCUUAAACGCAGAAUAGGGAAUUGCUUAUUAAAAAGGGUACCAGGGACUGUUUUUUUGGUCAAGGAUCUUCCAUGUGCACCCAAGACAAUUUCCGACUAACCUUGGAGGUUCUCUGCCACUUUCUGUCCACGAAACCAUUGCUUCCUUCCAGGCAAAUCUGUGGGAUCAUCUGAGCUAAAAAUUAACCUUUAACCAGCUUCCCACACACACCUUAGACUGAAAGGGCAACCUAGAGAUGGGAAGCAGCAAAGAUGAGAGAUUCGGUCAUGUACAAACAUCAACAACACAGAAUACAGCUGAAAAGCUGGGUGGCGAACUUGUUAUGCUAACGAUGAGAAUCUAGUUUGCAAUUAAUAAGGCAGACAAAUGCGGUGUGCUCCCUAUAUUACAAGCCACAGUUAGAAGCCUUUUGGGGGUGUUGGGUAUUCCCUUUGCUUCAGGAAAUCUUUCCUCAAGUAACGUACCCUUGUACUGUUGUCUAGCGGUUACAGCAAAGUGCUGUGAGCAUCACAGCUCCUGCACUUUCACACUGGCCGAUCCACCAACAUGAGCCACAGUUGAUCAGUAACUUUUUAUCACCAUCGGCCCAUCCAGGAAAUUAAGAUAUCAGCUUCGAGAGCAGAGCCGCCUUACACUCACUAUUCCCUAAAACUAUGUGAGCAUCUUCAUAGGACAGACAGCUACAGUAGGUCUUUAGCCGUAAGUGUGCUGCUCCCAGCUGAAUGAAAGAUAAAGGUGCGUGAAAUCUGUUUGCAUUAGUCUCGUGUUAUCCAGACCUGAUGCUCAUAAAGCUGUUUAAACAGAAUCUCAGCAGCGUGAGCUGAGAAUACAGCCGUGCGAUUCUUCCGUGCCUCUUGGAACAGGAACAUUAACCCAGUGAGUGCUCCACUCAACUAGGUCGCCCCUGCCUUCUCAACAACAGUCAUGCCCUACCUCACAGUGUGCAACCGGCAGCUCAGCUGGACUCUGCCCCUGGUGCUGGGGUACCUCUUCUACCUCCUCUUGGGGGCCUUGGUGUUUCAGCUACUGGAAAAGCAGGCAGAAGCCAAGACUCGGGACCAGUUCCAAAUGGAGAAACUCAAGUUCCUGCAGAAUUACACGUGCUUGGAUCGACAAGCCCUGGAGCAAUUUGUGCAGGUCAUUAUGGAAGCCUGGGAGAAAGGUGUCAACCCUGAAGGGAACUCAACCAACCCCAGCAACUGGGACUUCAGCAACAGCUUCUUCUUUGCAGGAACGGUGGUCACCACCGUAGGUUAUGGGAAUUUGGCCCCCAGCACAGUCCCAGGGCAGGUCUUCUGUGUGUUCUAUGCCUUGUUUGGUGUGCCCCUUAAUCUAGCAUUUCUCAAUCAGCUGGGGAAAGGGCUCACCAUUCACCUGAUCAACUUGGAGAGAUGGGUCCACAAGCCAGGCCGAGCUCAGGUGGUUCAGACUCUGACAAUGGGAUUCUUCCUGAUGGUUGGGACUUUGCUUUUUCUGGUUUUCCCACCCAUGAUCUUCAGUUACGUGGAAGGCUGGAGUUAUGGAGAAGGCUUCUACUUCACCUUUAUCACCCUCAGCACCAUCGGAUUUGGAGACUAUGUAGUAGGCACAGAUCCUAAUAAGCAUUAUAUAUCAGUGUACAGAAGCCUGGCAGCAAUCUGGAUUAUUUUUGGCUUAGUCUGGCUCGCUCUGAUCUUUAAUCUGGGAGCUGACUUGAUGGAGAAAUUCCUACAGCUUAAUUGGCAGAAGUCUGGCCCAGGCACUGCAGAGACAGCUGUCACCAAAUUAGAGGAUAACCCUGAUCAACCCAGGAUCCACAUCCCUAGCUGAGAGUGACUUAUGGAUAAGCAACACAAAAAACCAACAACUCCCUUGUCCUCUCCCUUAUGCCUACAAAGCGAUGUUUGUGGGCAAGACACCUUGCAUCAAAUACUGUACAUAAUGAGUUGGUCACUUCGUAAGGGAAAGGAGAUUUUUUGAAACAGAAGAAACCCUUUGACAAUAUGUACUGCAAACAGCCCAAUGAAGCCCUUGGAGGAAAACAAACUGAAAGUGUCAAUGCCACAUGUUUUCCACACAUCUGAUUCCUUCAGCAAAUAUACAGUCUACCAUUAGGCCACAUCAUCUUGUUUAAUUCAAGUCAGCAUUUGGGCUGAUGGAUACCUCUGUUUCCAGCAGGAGCAAACCAGCUGAUACUACCAAGGUUGCAACACACCAUUUGUAGAGAUUCAUUUUUCCUCCAAAACUGUUAUCAAGAGAAUCAAGCUAUCUGCUUCUGUGAUUUCCUUAAGCAAACUGUAAUCUGAAAUCUCUCAAGUGGUUCUGAUCUUUGCGGAUAGAACAAGAUUUAGAUGUUCCCAGUUCCACAUGUUAAGAAAGUUUGGGACAGAUUCUGGUCUCAGGUUUCUAGACUGCCGAGAGAAUUUGUUCCCUCCCCUUCUUCCAUUACCAGAGACAGAGAAAGGUAAACCAACUUAUUUUAUCCACUGCAAUCACUUCAAAUUUGAGGGUAUUUGCAGCUUUAGGUCCUAUGAUCCCCAGAAAAUCUAUACUACCAAUUUAGGACUCCUUAAGUCUACAACUGGACCACUGUGGGAAGAGAGAUCAAGAUUCUAGAUGUCGUCAUGCUAGGCCAGCCAGCAUUCAAUAAUUGUCCUUCCUCCUGAUCUUCUGGUAAGUGUGGAUUGAGCUAAGUGACUACUGGGUAGCAGUAAUGUGUAAAAGGUUAAACUUUUACUUAGCACAUAGAAAUGCCAACAGCUAAAACAAAUGAGUGGAAAUAGAUUUCUACAUACAGCAGUGAACCUUGAGGGCAAAUAAAUGCGAAAGACAUGCUUCCUCCUGUCCCUGCUUCUACUGAUGGGAGACCGAAUGACCUGUGUGCUACAUUCUGCAAACUUCUGCAAAGUGGCUGCAUGCAUGUCCACAUUGAUCAGCAAGACCAAAACCCGACAGAGAAAGCUGUUGAAUGAAGAUGAUCUUCUGUGUAUUACCAGCUCCAUUGGAUCUUCUGGACAGAUUGAGUCGACUGUCAGGAGCUCUGCAAAUACCAGCCUAAACCACUGUUUCUUCAUGCACCAAAUGCUGUUAAGAGAUAUAGUAAAACUAACAGGGUAGAAUUCCUUCAUCUGUUUUCAAGCACCUCUCAACAACAAACAACAGGUACAAACUGUUGAGAGUUGUUAGGUGAUCCCUAUUCCCACUCAGAGUACCACAAUUUCAAGAGUGCUUUAACUAUCAAUUCCACUGAGAAUCUCCAUGGUGCAGAUGGGGCUCUGUUGGCAACUCCAAAAAAGUGACACUUUUUAAAUGGUAGCUCUGGCAAUCACUCCUUAGACGCCUUCCCUUCCUUAUAAAGCCUUGA